AUGCCUCCUCGACGUGAUAACACCAACGGUCCUCAACCAAAUGGAGAAGAAGGAGAUGACAGGAGGGAAUGCAUGGAAGCCACCCUUGAUCGAGUUGUUGGGACAUUGGGAACACUGGUACAGGUUGUUGAGACCCAACUCCAGGGUAGAGUGGACUUAGAAAAGUUCUUAAAGGUGGUUGGAAGAAAAGAAUUUAAGGGAACUGAAGAACCUCUUGAGGCUGAAAGGUGGUUAAUGGGGGAUACAGAAGGAAUAAGACGAGUUCGAAAUGUUGCUGUUUGGGCAGAGUUUGAAACGUUGUUCCUUGACAAGUAUUUCCAUGAGACAGCCAAAGCCCAGAUGUGUGCUGAAUUUGCAACCUUAACUCAGGGAGACAUGACAGUUUCUCAAUUGGACAAGAAGUUCAGUGAAUUUGAACGUUUUGGAGAUAACUUGGUUAAUACGCCGUUACGAAGAGCAAGAAAACUUCAGGAUGCGCUGAAACCUGCCAUCCGUGUUAGGUUAGUACCAUGUCGCCUCACCACUUAUAAUGAUGUUCUUGAUACUUCAUUAGCUAUAGAAGCGGACUGGAACAAAAACCAGAAUGAAAGGGAGCCGAGAGAUCAAAAUAGGAACCAGAAACGUCAGCGUACUGAUGAUACUGAGAGGAACGAGAAGCGUCAGAAUAUUAAUGAUGCUGAGAAAAUUGUUGAACCAAAGGUAUGCUAUCAUUGUAGGAUAGAGGGUCACUUUGCUAGGGAUUGUCCUAAUUUAGGGUUACCAUCUAAACCAUACGCAAACUAUGUGUGCCACCGUUGUGGCAGUAGCGAUCACUUUAUCAAAGAUUGUCCUAUGCCACGAGUUUAUCAACAUCAGAAUGCAUACCAGCAUCGAUACCAGACCGUGCCAAGGCAGAAUGAUCGUGAGAAACAACCAUAUCAACCGAGAAACGAUAUGCGACCAUUUGCGCCUAGACAACAGUCGCAAGGAAAACUGAACCAUUUAGCAACUGAUGAAGUGCAUACAGAGGAUGCGACUGUGCAAGGUAGUUUUUAA